AGCUGAAGACUUUGCUACGUACUUUAACGACAAGACCCUGUUGGCUGCACACAUCAGAAUAGACGACGAGGAAUUAAUCGACAGUAUCAUCGAAGGAAUACCGGAUACUCUUCUACGACAACAGGCACACAUGCACUGUUUUAAUUCGUCUGCCCAGCUGUUGCAGGCAUUCUCCAAAGUAACAUUGCGGAAACCAUCUCUCGCAUUUGGACGCCACAAAGACGUUUCUGGAAAUCAGCCCGGACCCGCUGUAAGAUGCUUCAACUGUAACUCCAUGGGUCACUUCGCAGCCGACUGCCGCAAGCCUAAGCGCGCGUACGGCGCUUGCUACGGUUGCGGAAGUUUGGAGCACCUGAUAUCCCAUUGCAACGAGAAGAAGAACGCAACCAAAAAUGAAUAUAAUGCCUAAUCGAUUCUGGGAGUCCAAUUAGUUUUACGAAGUUAUCCUGCGUUGAAAACAUUCUAAGAAGUAAUAUCGUUAACGUUAAUGAAAACAACUUGUCGCAUUACUUUGGCUUGAACCACAGCCCUUUAGACAUAUAUGGAAAGAUAUCAUGUUUUGUUAUUAUGAAUAAAGUGAAGUUUAAUUUUGAAUUAUUAA